UCCAGACAUGGCACCCCACGCGCGUGCCACCCAUCUCCACCCCUCCCUCACAUCCCACGGCCCCCAUGCCCAACACAUGUUCGACCUCCUGACGCCCCAGCGUCCCGAUGGCUCCCGCACUCACCUCCAACCCGCCCUCCUUCCGCCCCCUCUCCUCCCCACUCCGCCGCCGCGCCGCCACCAUCCUCUGCCGCGUCGGCGCCGGCGGCAAGCCGGGCAAGGACUCCGGGGCGGAUGACGAUGCCAAGAAGAGGCCCGGCCUCUUCGUGGACUUCAGCAAGCUGACGGACGCCAAGUCGCUGAUACCGGCAUUCCCGUCGCAGGCGGCGGGGUCGAUCUUCGCGGACGGGAGGGGAAGGAAGGACCCGCAGACUGUGUUCGUUGCAGGCGCCACGGGGCAGGGUGGUGUUCGCAUCGCGCAGACGCUGCUGCGGCAGGGGUUCGCCGUGCGCGCGGGCGUCCCGGACCUCGCGUCCGCGCAGGAGCUGGCGCGGCUCGCGGCAGCGUACCGGCUCAUAUCCCCCGCGGAGGCGCGCCGGUUGAAUGCGGUGGAGUCGGACUUUGACGACCCCGAGACGAUCGCCAAGGCCAUUGGUCCCGCUGCCAAGGUGGUGGUAACCGUCAGCCCGGCCGAGAAGGGGCCAGAAGGCGGGGGCGUCACCACCGAUGACGCGCUCCGGGUGGUGCAGGCCGCGGACCUCGCCAGCGUAGCGCACGUCGUGGUCGUGUAUGACGAGGGGGUCAGCGGCCUCGGCGGCGAUGCGUCCACGUACAAUGUGCUCGAAGGCUUGACGUCCUUCUUCUCGAACCUCUUCUCUCGCGUGCAGACGCUGCCGCUGAGGGAGUUCUUGGCCAAGAUGGCGGAGACUGAUGUCAGGUAUACACUAGUCAAGACUUCGCUUACCGAUGACUACAGCCCUGAGAGCUCCUACGCCUUGGUCCUGGUCAAGGAGGGUGCAUCGCCCAGCACGACUUCCACUACAGACACCGGCAAGGUGUCAAAGUCACAGAUUGCUGCCCUUGUGGCUGAUGUCUUCUCCAACGUGGCAGUCGCUGAGAACAAGGUUGUUGAAGUUUCUACUAGCUCAUCAGCAACAUCCAAGCCCGUAGCAGAGGCUUUCACAGCUAUCCCUGAAGACAGUAGAAGAAGGGAGUACCAAGAAGGUGCCGCAAAGGCAAAGGCAGAAGAGGAGGCCCUGGCCUCACAGCGAGCUGAAGAGGCUGCAAGUAACCCGCAAGCCAAGAGGCAGAUGGCACCCUCAGAAGAGGCAGCUGCAAACGUGGCGAACGAGGCCCAGGCCUCCCUGGAGAACCUUCUGAGCAGAACUAAAGGGCUUAGCGCAGACUUCUCCUGGGAGAAGCUCAGCACACAGCUUGCAGAAGCAACUACUGCUCGGACCUCCACAGAGAAGGAACCGAAGGCACAGAUUGCUACGGUGCGAGGCCGAGCGAAGGCGAAGAAGCUGGCACCACAGAGAGCCGUCGUGAAGCUAGCGGCGCAGAAGGUGCAGCCAAAACCGAAGCAGUCGGAUCCCAAGCCGGAAGUGAGGCCAGUGUUUGGUGGCCUCUUCAAGCAAGAAACAGUAUACGUGGACGACGACUGAGGGAAUGAAAGCCAUUUUAUCUUCUCUACGUGAUUUCUGUCCAAGGCUUUGGUAUGUUCUUGGAAUGUGAAUGAGUAAAGAUGUAUAAAAUUGGCUGCAACAACGCAUUGUUCUGUCGAUGGAUGACCAACCCCUAUUUCGUUGUGAAGAACUUGUUCGAUGGCCUCAAUAGUUUUACGGAAAGGUCAAUCUUUCACUUUUCUUUUCCUUAAGAGGAAAGGGUAGUCCAAUGUUAUAAUGCUUCUUGUAAUACUAUCUUAUUGGUUCC